AUGAUGCAUUCGAACGCCUAUUAUCCGGGUAUUCCGAUGAUGGGUCCGAGAAGAAUGAUGCCGAUGGUGCCUCCCUUACUACCACCACCACCACCUGUAACUGGUUUUGCACACAUGAGUGCAUCAAUGAAAUCUGAAGAUGGUUCAACAAUUUACGCUGCUCCUCAAUUGUCAGAUAAUACGAAAAAAUCUUUAUGGACUGAACACAAAGCACCGGAUGGUCGAACAUAUUACUAUAAUAGUGUAUCUAAAGAAUCAAAAUGGGAUAAACCAGAUGAGCUUAAAACACAAGUUGAAUUAAUGUUAGCUCAAUGUCCAUGGAGAGAAUAUAAAGCACAAAAUGGUCGAGUGUAUUUUCAUAAUGUUGAAACAAAAGAAUCAAGGUGGAUAAAACCAAAAGAAUUUGAAGAUUUAGAAAAACUUUUACAGCAACAACAGCAAGAACAAAAUGCACAAAAUGUCACACAGUCAACAACAGUUACUCCGUUACCACCCAUGGUUUCUCCAUUCGGUUUAAUGCCUCCAAUGAUGCCCUUUGGAAUUCCUCAAAUGAUGAAUCCAAUGCAACCAUUCGAUCCUAGUCUUACUUCAACCGAUGGAAAACAAUUGGGUGAAAUUGAUUUGCCAUCAAAUGAGAAUAGUCGUCAGAGUCAAGAUGACACGGAUUCUGAUAAUGAAAAGGAUGGUCAAGAUGAUGAUAAUAACAGCGAAAGUUCAACAAACACACCUCAAUAUCAACAACCAAAAAUUGAAUUUAAAAAUAAAAAAGAAGCAAUGGACGCAUUCAAAGAACUAUUAAGAGAGAAAAAUGUACCAUCAACCGCCACAUGGGAACAAGCGUUAAAAUUGAUUGGUACUGAUGCUCGAUAUCAAGCCAUAAAACAUAUUAAUGAGAAAAAACAAGCGUUUAAUGCUUAUAAAGUCCAACGAAUCAAAGAAGACAAAGAUCAAGAACGAAUUAAACUGAAACAAAUCAAAGAAGAAUUUGAAACGUAUCUCCAGCAAUGUGAACAUAUGAAUUCGACAAUUAAAUAUAAAAAAGCUGAACAAAUAUUUGGACACUUGAAUAUUUGGACAUCAGUACCGGAACGAGAGCGUAGAGAAUUGUAUGAUGAUGUUGUUAAUUAUUUAGAAAAAAAAGAAAAAGUAUGUUUUAAUGUCCACGAUUAG